AUGGAUACUCUCUUUUAUUUUCCUGUUGGAUGCCUUAUUGGCGCUGUUUGUGUAGUUAUAUGUUACCUCUUUGGCAUGGAGUGUCCGGUAUUUGUUGGUUCCACCGUCAAGGGCGCCGCAUGCUUUAUGGUGCAGAAGCUUACUAACUGUGAUGUUUCCCUUUUACGCAGCAGCACAUUAUUCAUACCAUCUGAUAGUUCCUCUUUUUCUUUUGUCCCGAAUCAUGGGAUUGGAUCAGCUGCCAGGAGGUCGCUGUAUGGCAGGAAUGAUAAUGAGAUUAAAAAUCCACUGAUGACACAACGAUGCCAGAGUCCUCACUCGGCGGGAUCGACUUUAUCACCGGAACGGUUAACAGUCAUGUGCCAACUGGCCAUGUGCCAUGAAGAUGAGGAGGAUUAUGUUGUGAGGAACUGCCACCUGGUGAUGUCGGAAUCGUUUAUGAUGUUAUACGAAGUGCUUUCUUCACAUAGCGUUGGAAACCAUGAACGUGCAAUUACAAAUGAACGUUUUAUUGGCCGCAUACAGAUGGACCGAGUGGUAUCCCGGGCGAUUUAUGUGAGCUCGGCGGAUAAGCGCUCCCUUCGCACCGGUGGGUUGCAUGGGCACAUGUUGAUGCUCACAACUCAUUCGGGCGAUGACGGUCUCUUCUUUGAGGCUGAAGAUGGUGAAUGUGGUAUAGAGGAGGAGGAUCCAUCAUUGGGUGUGACGGUGCGUGGCAGUAAAUGGUGGGAUGCAAGUAGUAAAACCCUUCAUGAUGUAAUGUUAGGGAGGAGGAGGAGCAGUGGGUUGGUAGGUGUCACUAAGAGGGAUGAGUCAGUUGAAAAACUCAGCAACUCGGCUAGUCUUCGUGCAUCUGUCGGCGGACAUGGGGAGAAUUCAUGCAGUGACCACGUUGGUGGGGGGAGUCCAUGGGAUGAAGAUAAUGGUAGUGAAGAGCCCGACCCCGAUGCCAAAGGAACAUCACAGAUGUAUAUAUUUUUGAAGUUUCGCUACGCGCGGGAGCAAGAGCGGGUGCACAAUCUCCUUGUGGGAAUGCACGAAGCGGUGCAUUGGCACGAGUACUUGCAGACAAUCCCAACACCUAAUGCCUUCAAUGUCUUUCUGUCACGCGUGAUAUUUCAAAGUCUGCGUAGUACGGCGCUCGCCAACUUUAUUCGUGAGAAGAUCCAAAAAUCAUUGGACAUCAUGGCCGUCAAAAAGUUCCCGAGAGGGCUUGAAGGUCGGAUUCUUCUCGAUGACGUUGCCCUAAACUCUGAGGUUCCUGUCAUUAGCAAUGUAACGGAUCCACUUAUUUUGGCGAAGGGUGAAAUGAUGUUCGACCUCGACAUAUUGUACCGUGGUGGUGCCUCGCUUCUGUUUCGAUCGUGUUUGACGUAUCGUGGUGUUCGCAUUCCCCACGUUACACUUUAUGUGAAACUCGUGCGGGCAGAGGCGCGGCUGCGAGUGAGCGUUGGUCCGCCACCCAGCAAAGUGUUUUGGGUUGGCUGCCUCGCUCCACCGGAUGUGCAAUUGGAGGUGAGUCAAGGCAUGGAAAGCGGUCAUGGCUUGCUUCAUCGCCUCCUCACCUCACUGCCUAAUUUGAGCGGUAUCGUAACGAAACUUCUCAAAUUGUACCUCUUGCAUGAGAUGAUGUUGCCACUGAUGGAUGACUUUCCACUGCCUAAUGUUGAGGACACACCUCCCGUUACACCGCGAGAUGAUGGCAAGAAGACGUGGAAUGUUCCGUUUUGUAGAAGGGAGGCGAUGAGGUACAUUCAGGAGCAUAUGAACAUACACUGGUUUCAGGAGGCGGGUGAUCAUUAG